CCAACCUCUUAAAAGAGCGGCUCUCUCUAGAGCUCCAACCUCGGCUGGAGAAACUGCAAGAAGGUCAUAGCCCCUGGAGCCCUGAAAGAUCAAACCAUGCACUUGGCCGAGAGACGCAGAACUCCCAUGGAAAAUCUACGUAUCCAAUUGCACAGGGUGGUAGACGAUUUCUGCGACCAAAAUCGAGAUCAACCAGAAGGACAAGAACAGGAGCAGUUAGUGCUGAUGGAGCUGGAGAUCAGCAUCAAUGAGGCCUUGAUCAACACCGUGGAUCUGCACUACCAGAGCAACAGUGAGGAACCUGCCCUUCCUGAGAUGCUGUGGAUGGAAUUGCGCUCCAGAGUCUGCAGAUCCUCUGUCCCUGUUCUGGAAGGGGAGAGGUCCAGAGGCCUGUGACCCCGAAAAGAGCUUUUGUGACAAAGCCCUGAGGUUCUUUCUAAGGCUGCUAUGCUACCUGCACCAGAAGUGGCAGUUGGCACUGGCCUGGGUGCGGGAGGUGGCUGCUGGCGUGCAGACCUUUUGCAGGGCGGUGGAGGUCAUCUGCAGUGUUCUGCAGGAGGUGUUGCAGGAUUUCUACUAUGGUGUGACCCAGGUCUUCAGGAGCACCAUGCAGGCCUGAUUAAGCCCCCUGCUCCCCACCCCUGGCCAGCCUCCUGCUCCAGGUCUGACCCAUUGCUCUGGCUCUAGUGUCUUAAUAAAAGCUGCUUGAAUCAUGAA